UCCGUGGAAACAGUGGAGGACCGUGCUAAUUCCCAGCGAGCGACGGUAUUCACUCCGCUGCGCGUGCAGGCGCUCACCACUUCGGGGAAAUGGCUUAUCUUUGAAAGAGCUCGAGCAUUGUGUCGGUUGUAAAAGACAUUCGUUUCUCGGAAAUGCAACAUGCGGCAAUAGUAAAUAGAGUGCUAUUAAUUCGUUUUCUAUAAAAACGUUUCCAAACGCAUAUUUAUGUUUGAUUUGUAGCAGAAUUGUUAAUAAUUUUCGAUUAUUUUUUUCAUACGUGCAUAACAGGAUUUACACAUGCAAUGCUGGAAUGCUGAGGAUUCCUCUGACAGUUCUCAGCGCGAGGGAUUAGUGAUGGAGCUUUGAUCUGCAAACAUCCACUUGUUUUUUUGUCGGGAUGUUAUUAAUAUUUACACGUUAUAGAUACGAUUUAUGAACAAAUGCAAAGAUAAACAAUAAUUGCAAAUACUAACCGCAAGUUUUUGUUGUUGAACGACGGGUGAGGGUGUACUGCAUGCAGCCUCUUCUGAAUGGUUGACGUUUACAACAUCGCAUUUUCAUUUGAUUCAUUCAACUUUUUGAUCCGAGGUACCACCUUUAUUUCCGUAUCAUGUAUUCACAUUUCAAUACAAUUCCGCAAUUGAGACUCGGUUAGUUUAGCCUAAACAUCCAGUUGACUGCCUUCCUGUUAUAUCUGACCGGGGAGAAAGCACAGACGCGCGGUGAGACAUGGCUAAAAACCUGUCGGAGGGACCCAAGGAGCCAGACCUGAAUCAGCUACCGGAUGAAGAGCUGCUGCGAUGCGGCAAGGAGGAGCUGGUCAAGCGGCUACGGAGGCUGGACAACGAGAAGAUGAGCCUAAUGAUCGACCACGGCAACAUGAUGAAAGACGUUAACCGGAGGCUGCAGGUGCACCUGCACGAGAUCCGCAACCUGAAGGAGAUCAACCAGAAGCUCCAGGACGACAACAACGAGCUGCGCGAGCUCUGCUGCUUCCUAGACGACGACCGGCAGAAGGGCAAGAAGCUGUCCCGGGAGUGGCAGCGGUUUGGCCGGUACUCCGCAAGUGCCAUGUGGAAGGAGGUGGGCACCUACCAGCUAAAGCUCAAAGAGCUCGAGACCAACCAGGAGAGGGUGGUGCGCGAGAACACGGACCUGAAGGAGAUCAUCUUCAUGCUGGAUGAGGACAGGAACGGAGUCGGUUCCCGGAGCUCCAUAGACUCCCAGUCCAGCCUCACCAACCUGAAUGGCGGGACAGGGACAGUUCGGGAUGUCGGGGAUGGGAGUAGUACCUCCAGCACAGGGAGCGCAGGAAGCCCCGACCACCAUAACGGCCACAACGGCCACAACCACAUACACAAGCUGCCCGCGGAGAGGGAGGGCAAUCUGGGAAGCACCUUCCAGAGGAGGUCCAUGGAUGACCUGUCAGCACCACACCAUCACAGGAGCAUCCCUAAUGGACUCUGUGACUCCUCCUCCUCUAACUACAUCAGACAGCUGGAGAUCAAGAUGAGGAUAUUGGAAGACGACAACAACAAGCUUUUAACUCAGGCCUGUAGCAGAUAUAGUUUAUCACAGAUACAGAGAAACAAGCAGCAGUUAAACCCAGGGGACCUGCGUGUCCUGAGGAAGGGGAUGACCCUGUACCACUCUGAGUCUCAGCUGUCAUCCCUGCCACGACGCCAAGAUGCACUGCACAACGGCACGAUUGGUCGCCUCCCCACCAGCGAGUCAACCCCGGUAACAGGUUACCUGUCCUGUGUUCAGAAACCAGAGUCUGUGGUCCACGCUAUGAAGGUGUUGGAGGUGCAUGAGAACCUGGAUAAGAAGCAGGGCCCAGAGGACUACGAGGAGGAUCUGAGUGAGAAGGAGAAGGCCAUCGUCAGAGAGAUGUGUAAUGUGGUGUGGAGAAAGCUGGGCGACGCAGCAGGAGAUAAGCCGUCCAUCAGACAGCAUCUCUCUGGCAACCAGUUCAAAGGCCCUCUGUAGUCCACAGCAACCAGAGAGGAAGACUAACUAUGCUCACCUGACACCACCUCUGCUCCUACUGCCUACACUACUCAUAACACCCUGCUCCCACUGACUACAGUUCCCAUCACCCACUAUUUCCCUGGGAUAUGGGUUUUGUCCAGAUGGGAUGCAGCUUUUGUCAAAAUGAACUUUUUGUAGCAGGUUAGAACUUCUGCAGCAGGAUAAUUAACGUAGCAUGUUAGGAGAAUUACGUUUAGGUUAGCUAAAAUGCAACAAAUCCACUUUUGGCGUUAAUUUGACAAAAACUGUAUCCCUUCUAGAUAUGACCUGGUAUAUGUGACUGGACAUUAUAUGACCCAGGAAAAGCACAGAAUGGAUAUCUCAGUCACCUCGCCAAUUCCUCAUACAUACAUUUAUUUUGAACUUCCAGUGUUGUUGAUAACUGGCUGCUACUUUCACUGAUUUUCCAUUUUCCUCGUAUUAUUGAUUUGAGGACAGUUUACAUAGUGCUGAAUAUUAUUUCAUAACUCUCCUGGGCCUGGUUUCCCCGAUAGAGAUGGAACUUUGACUGUUUUAGCCAUCCAUCUUUCCUACAAAGGCCCAAUAUGUAACACGUGUUUCCCAAAAACGCCACACAGAGAGAACAUUCGCUAAGUGCCUUCGUUGGAGCAUGUUUCACACGGUGGCAGGAUCGAACGAAUGGCAUCGCUGCUCUCAGAUCAGCUUUCUUCCCCAUUCAAAUCUUACUUUAACAUUAGAAUUAUUCCACAAUACUGACGAUGGAUCAGCUACCUAGAGAGAUAUUAUCACCCUAUGCCUGCAAAUAUUGAGGCGGCUUAAUCUAAUGCCUACCCUAUAAUAAGGAGAUUCAUCAAGAUGUGGAACAUCACUGUGCACAUGUUAGGCUACACUUCAUUAAAUAUAAUGAGGCAAAAAUUGCAGACAGUAGCCAAAUAGUAAAAUAAAAACAAAAUUGAAUGAACGUGAAAUUGCUUUCAGUAUCGUUGAAAUACAAUAUAUAGUAUAUUCUGUAGGUAGGCUAUUUAUCUUUUAGUGCAGUCAUCUCAGUUUUCAUUUGAAGCAUCUUUGUAUCCUUCGCUUGUUUAUUACAGUUGCAAAGACAUUGGCAACUUUGUAUUUGUAGUCAACUUCGUUCUGAAGUUAUCGGCGGUCACAGAGAGACGGAUAAACAUCUUGAUUCUUUGUUUAGUGGAGGUCUUCUGUGUGUAAAGUGACGCGGUAGGUAUCUAACGACGUACUUUGCUGUUCACAUGCCGAGCGGUCUGAUGCGGAGUCAGUAAAUAACAAGCGUUUUCAAAUACAACUUUAGUAACGGUGGUUUUGGGAAACAGCUCUGAGAUUUAACGAUGCUCCUACGAAGUUACUAACGAUGAAAUGAGCCUUUAGAUGCUCUUGGGAAACCGGGCCCUUUUGUUUUGUUUUAUGCUGAAUAGAAACCCAGAUGAGCUCUAUAAGAAGUCCCCUAGAAUAGGACCAGUGUCACUUUAAACCAGUAGAGCUGCAUGGUUACUAUAGCAGGGCUCCAGGUAGAGCUGCAUGGUUACUAUAGCAGGGCUCCAGGUAGAGCUGCAUGGUUACUAUAGCAGGGCUCCAGGUAGAGCUGCAUGGUUACUAUAGCAGGGCUCCAGGUAGAGCUGCAUGGUUACUAUAGCAGGGCUUCAGGUAGAGCUGCAUGGUUACUAUAGCAGGGCUCCAGGUAGAGCUGCAUGGUUACUAUAGCAGGGCUCCAGGUAGAGCUGCAUGGUUACUAUAGCAGGGCUUCAGGUAGAGCUGCAUGGUUACUAUAGCAGGGCUUCAGGUAGAGCUGCAUGGUUACUAUAGCAGGGCUCCAGGUAGAGCUGCAUGGUUACUAUAGCAGGGCUUCAGGUAGAGCUGCAUGGUUACUAUAGCAGGGCUUCAGGUAGAGCUGCAUGGUUACUAUAGCAGGGCUCCAGGUAGAGCUGCAUGGUUACUAUAGCAGGGCUCCAGGUAGAGCUGCAUGGUUACUAUAGCAGGGCUUCAGGUAGAGCUGCAUGGUUACUAUAGCAGGGCUCCAGGUAGAGCUGCAUGGUUACUAUAGCAGGGCUUCAGGUAGAGCUGCAUGGUUACUAUAGCAGGGCUUCAGGUAGAGCUGCAUGGUUACUAUAGCAGGGCUUCAGGUAGAGCUGCAUGGUUACUAUAGCAGGGCUUCAGGUAGAGCUGCAUGGUUACUAUAGCAGGGCUUCAGGUAGAGCUGCAUGGUUACUAUAGCAGGGCUUCAGGUAGAGCUGCAUGGUUACUAUAGCAGGGCUCCAGGUAGAGCUGCAUGGUUACUAUAGCAGGGCUUCAGGUAGAGCUGCAUGGUUACUAUAGCAGGGCUUCAGGUAGAGCUGCAUGGUUACUAUAGCAGGGCUUCAGGUAGAGCUGCAUGGUUACUAUAGCAGGGCUUCAGGUAGAGCUGCAUGGUUACUAUAGCAGGGCUCCAGGUAGAGCUGCAUGGUUACUAUAGCAGGGCUCCAGGUAGAGCUGCAUGGUUACUAUAGCAGAGCUUCAGGCGGGGGCAACGUGUGGGAUAAAAAAAAAUCCCCAAUCGUCCCCAAAAGUAACGAUGUGAUAACGUCAGAUAUGGUUUGAUAGUACGUUUUGGGUUUUAAGUGUCUCGUAUGCACAGAUCUAGGAUCAGCUUCACUCUCCUUCAACCCUGAUCUUGAGCAUUUAGAGGUCACAUACAGAACUGACUGUGGAUCAGUGUCUAGGAACAAUGUCAUCCCACUCCUUCAUAGUACUUCCCAUAAAAACCCAGCUAGCUUCUCUGUCAGUUUUGUCUCUCUGGUUGAUUAGCAUAAUUAGCAUUAGCUAAUGCUAGCAUUAGAAUAAUUAUCAUUAGCAUCCAAAGUGUUAAUUUGUGUUACCCACUGUGACGUACAUACCUAGCGCCCUAUGCUCAUAAGAGAUGUCUAUUAUUAACACAAAACUAUAGAGAUCACUUUUAAACCUUGUGUAAAAUAUGUAUAAAGCCAUAGCAUUACUGUUGUUAUCAUUUAUUUAGACUUUUUGUUUUUUAUUAUUCUAGGUUGACCAUGUGAUAAAACUGACUGUUUUAUGGGUUUUAUGUUUUACAAAAGCACACAGCCGAACCUUAAAUAGGGCUGUUUCUAUGGUAACCACUCAUAUUUUUACUGUAUUUUGGUUUAACAAAUUAUUAUUUUAUCUCUUCAAACGCAUCAAGGCCAUUUGGAAUCGAAACUGCCUCAGCCAAGAGUCAAUGGAGCGAUCUUAUUUUUUGAGGAAAUCGUUUAAAAAAAAAUAAUUAACUAAAAUGUACAACGUUGUGUAAGACAAUCAUAUUUCUCAGGUUGGGAAAUAACGAGAGCUUUACCCCAACUCUUCUUCUGUGACUCUGAAGACUGGAUGGUUGGUAGUCUUUCCGUUGGUCAGGCUGUAUACUGUAGUUCUCUGUAGCAGACUGAGGACACCUGCUUCAUACAGGGUUGGAGACUGCGGGACACAUUUGCUGCAUUCAUUUCAUAUGAAAUAAUGUUUCAGAAAUAUUCUGUGAAACUUAAAAGACUGUCAUAAAGGGAAGAUCAGACUAAUUUGGCUAUCUACUGUAAUAACUACUAAUCAAACUACUGUACAACACAAUUUUUAUUGAAAGCUACAAAAUAAAUGGAAUGGUUUAUAUUUUUCAAUUAGCAUAAUAUUUAAUUACGCUUUUUAGCCAUGGUGAAUCCAGGAGAUGAGUUUCAGCAGUGAACUGUGCAUGUUUUGUAAAAGUAUUUUCUGUUGGAAUGUGAGAAAGAGCAAGUCUUCCCUUAGAUGUUUUUCGAUACAUUUUAACGAGUUAUACCAUGACGAAGUCAGAUGAAAUAAGUACUGUUAUGAUCAAACUGUUCAAGGAUAUGUAUUGCCAUGUGUUUAGAUAGAGCUCUCCCAUUAUAGGGCUGCCAUGUGAUUGGCCUGUUUUUGAUUUUAACCUAUCGGGAGAUUUUGAUUGGUAUCCAAGUCUUUUGAUUGGUUAAUAAGUCACUGAUUGACAGCUCAACCUCUCCUGACACGAGUAUGUCUUGUUCCUAAUUAGAACAUCACUGAGGCUUCAGACUGUACAAUCUUAUGGUUCCGCCUCGGUUCUCACUAAUGGGGUCUAGUACAAAAAAGAAAAUCAAAGAAUAGAUUUUUUUGAAGUGUCCUUUUUUUCUAGAACUGAUUUGUAGCUAUGAGAGGAGAUGAUUUGUAACAUUUUUCAGUCUGGCAUUUCGUGCCAUGUUUUUCUCUGCAUGGAAGUUUGAUUUGGAACCUGUGUUUUAAACCAGAAGACAUGAUGAACCCAGUAUGAAAUAUCCCCGUAUUCCCGAGUGCAAGGGUUUCCCAAACUCCAACCGGGUGCACGGUUUGACGUUUACCAUAGCACUACACAGCCCAUUCAAAUAACCAACAAUUAUUUGAAUCAGCUGUGUAGUGCCAAGGCAAAAACCAAAACGUGUACCAGGGGGGCACCAGGACCGAGUUUGGGAAACCCUGCCCUAGUGCAUUACUUUUGACCACAGACACAAACCUAGUGUUAAUGCUAACUAGUCCUGUAGUUACUAGCAUUACUGUAAAGUACAACUGUUUUUUCAUGAAUUUAGCUGAGAUCAGACAGAUAUUCUAGAAGGAUUAGUAAAUGUACUAGGGCCACUUUGAGAUGAUUUUGUAGGGGAAAAAAUAAACAAGUGAUUACUUUCUUUGUA